AUGAAUACAUCUACAGUAUCGACUAUUAAAGACCGUUCUGUCAUUGACUAUGGUCUUGGCCAUGGCCUUCUUUGCGAUCAUCAAGGUGCACCGUAUAGGUUUCGAGAUCAAAUUCGCCAACUUCAAAAGAUUGCGGAACCAAACCAGCCGAGUGGGAUUGUCGAACAAGCAGGUCUUACUAUAGCACACCUGCCUCGUCCCAAGAUCCUCUUUGAUCCACCUAUCAAGCACGAAGACUAUCAAGUCCCAGUCGAUCCAUCUGUCUCGACCUUUUUUGUGUUCCCCUUCUUAGGACGAACAAAACAGUUACGGUUUCCAUCUGAAUCGCUUGAUUUAGGGUAUGAUACAAGGGGAGAAAUUGACCAAUAUCUAGACGAUAUACAAUCCGCAGGGUCAUGCAACAUUCUCAAGGCAUGGCUACCAUUAGCCCAAGUCAGUAUUGAAAAGGACGAGGGUCUUGAAUUUCCAUCCACUGUAUCGCGGUGGCAAACAUUAGCCGUCCGUGAGAUGGAAAUUGAUGAAAUACCAGGUUCAGCACAUGAUGUGGCAUCUACGUACGAUCUCGAAUUUCUUACGAAAACCUAUACACCAACACAGAUUAGACAGAUCUUUGCUUUAAGAAAUUAUACCAGCGCGUGCUUGAAACCUGUAUCUCCUUUGCUGUCUCCGGCAUCUGAACCAUAUAAACCUUUUGUGCCCAAACCUGAUGUGGCAGUCAUAGAUCUGACCUCGGAGCCAAGCAGUCCUAUCAAUACGACAAUUGAAAGGUUGCAGUCAAAUGUAGAGAAUGACUGCCUCGACCCUCAACCUCCUGGUCUGUCGCACGUAUUUAGCUCUCCUCCAACGGCCACAGCAGCUUUCCUUGGCCCGAAAUCAAAGAAACUAUCCGAACUGAAAUUGGACCUGCCAUUGCUAUCAUCGAGUCCUGGAUCUAGCUCGAAACCGGAUGCUGUGACUGCGGCUUUGAUGCCUACUACAACAGAUCCUCAGGCGCUAUUACAAUCUGAAGUUGAACAAGAAGCAAUUUUCGAAAACGCGUUUCAAGCCUUCUUAGACAGCAAGCAUCAUGAGGCAAACCGGCAACUGGAACAGGAGCGAUUGAACCCAGCGGAUGCUUUGUUACGCUUGCCGAUACCUACAGUCGAUUUUGACAUACCCAAUCCUGAAUGGAGUAACCAUUCUUCAAGCUCAAAAGAACAGUUCAGGUGGCUAGUCCAACAGCUAGCUUCUGCCUUUCAUCUCCCAUCUUUCGAAGGCCUGAGUCGUCUCGACUCAUCACUGAAAUGGACGCCCAUACCUUUUGGAAGUGGCAGGGUAUCAUUAACUGAAGCCGCCAUACAACUAGACCCUCUGAGUAGAGAGCUACUGCGGUUACAGUCUCCCCAUUUAUGCAGUCGAGAUUAUGUAGUUUCACGAUCAACGCCAAUGAUAUUUCAAGUCUGGUCAGACGAAGAUAUUGAGCAAGAAGCUCAAUCCAACGAGACCAUCUCUCGUCGAGCUCUUCCGGAACACGUUCCUCCCAACAAAAACCACAUGUCUCUUAAUGUGCCGUCACUGGAUGAUCUACUAGAGUCACGGCGUCAGACUUUGGAGAGUCAGACUGAUGGCAAAGGAAAGAAGCGGCUAUUGGCAGACACUAAUUUAACUACUGCAAGCAGUUUGUUGUUCAAUUUCAUGCAACUCCGGCAACCGAAAAGAUCCAGAACAAGCAGUGAUACUCAUCCGUCAAAUGUGCAGCCUAUACCAAAAACUCUGUCAGGCGGCUCAAACAUGUGCAACGCAAUUCAAGAAGUUGCACCAAAAGUAUUGAAGGAAGCUCCGGCACCUCUCGUGCACAUGUCUGGAGAGAAAUGCAGUUACAUUAUCUCAACGGACCUAAGCCGUAACGUCUCAUCUUUCAUAGAGAGGUCCUGGCCGCUUAUUGAGCUUAUUGAUCGAGACUUCACCCAACAUAAUACUGUCUGUUGGUCUCCGGGAUCAACCCAAAGGAAUGAAGUGACCUCACCAUUGGCUUUUGAGGCUGAUGUGCCUCUAUGUCCCGCAGCCGGCUUGAUCAUGACCACCGUACUUAGAGUGAAACAAAAACCUCUUCCGGGGUCGAUCAUUCUACCGCCAUUUCGUGAGCGCGUCAAGCUUGUGAGUGAGAAAUACGAAUCUCUCUAUAUAUUAGUGUCGGAGGCAAACACACAGGGCGAGUACGUUGGAACAUUAAGUGCUUCCGACAUGGCUGGUUAUGCGGAUUUCGUCCGCUUCACCACCAGUCUUCCAGCUGGCAUUUCAACGUAUUUGAUCUCCGGGGCAGAUGAGACACUUUCAAAAUGGGCGAUGUCUAUCAUGUCUCGUUACUCCUUAGCGGCUUCUCAGUUUGGACGAUUCCUUGACUUUCGUGAUAGUCAAUGGGUUACAUUCUUCCGUCGCGCUGGCUUCAAUAUCUGUACAGCGCAGGUUUUAACGGGGUUAUUGUUGGCCGAGUAUGGGCAAUUCGGACUCGUACACUUCCUCAAUAUGAGUGUGAAUGAAAGGAUAUUAAAAUAUGGACAAAUCAUGGGAGGCAAGAGAAUACUGAUUAAUGUAUCAAGCGUUGUGGACAAAGGAUGGAUGUAG